GACGCACAGUACGGCGCCAGUAUAAAACAGUCCCACUGUCUCUGUGCUGACUGCUGCUUAAAGUAAGUCAACAUUUUCCUGUAAACGUCUUGUAACUCCGGAACACUUCCAUCAGCCAAACCCUAAAUAGAUAAACUUUCGUUUUGUUCCAUUCGUUUUGACUAAACAAACGUUGGGUUCUUUACUUGCUGGACCACCGUUUCUGAUAAACCACGUGAUGCACGUCAGCCUGCCCUCUGGUUUGAUGGGCUGCGCUUCGGCUAGUGGAGAAAAGAGUUCACCAUAUAAACCCAGGAGUCUGAUACAUCACCAAAGCUUCCGGAAGAGCAACACAGAACAUGUCUACAUACGCUAAGGAUGCCAAGGAAGAUCUUCCUCACAUAAAUAAGUACAAGGACAAGAUUAUCAGUGCUGCUAACAAUUGUAAUGUGCCGCCUUCUGUCGUGGCUGGCAUCAUCUCCAGAGAGACACGCGGAGGUAGAGGGGCAGGUUUCACUUCUGAUGGCUGGGGAGACAACAGGAAUGCCUUUGGACUAAUGCAGGUUGACAAAAACUGGCACAAGCCUCAGGGUGCGUGGGACAGCCAGACCCAUAUUGAGCAAGGAGUUGGGAUUCUAAAAAGCUUCUACCCACAAUUCGAGGCAAAAGGUUGGAGCGAUAAGCAGACACUGAAAGGAGCGCUGGCUGCCUACAACAUGGGUACAGAAAGAAUGGAUUACAACAACGUGGACGCUCACACUACUGGGGGGGACUACUCCGCUGAUGUCCUUGCCAGGGCCGAGUACUUUGAGAGGAAUGGGUAUUAACUCUGAGAGCUGCCCCACUUCUUAGUUAAAGUUCAAUUUAAACAGCAAAUAGCCUUGACAUAAGGUAGAAUGAGACAACACUUACUUUUCAUUUGUACUCACUACCUGAGAAUCCUGAAUCCACCUUAAAAAUAUGUCACAGUAUCUUGUGAUUGUCUUCUCGACUGUGUGCCAAAUUACACAUUUUUCCAUGCGAUUCCACCAGUGAUGACUUAGCAUGAUUGAAAUCUGAUUGAUUGAUAUCUGUGUCUCUUUAUAUCCUUUAUAAUUUCAUAAAUGGAAUUUUCAAAGUUGACAAAUGCAUUUCUGCAGCAAAGUAACUACAAUGUAUGAUAUGGUGACUUAUUUGCAGCGUGUAUCAGUGCAUCAAUAAAGCUAUCAGUCCAGUAUACAUAA